AUGCCAUUCCCAAACUGCUCAGCCCCCAACACUGUGGUGGCCACAGCUGUGGGUGUCCUGCUGGGGCUGGAGUGCUGGCUGGGUCUGCUGGGCAAUGCGGUGGCGCUGUGGACCUUCCUGUUCCGGGUCAGGGUGUGGAAGCCCUACGCUGUCUACCUGCUCAACCUGGCCCUGGCUGACCUGCUGUUGGCCGCGUGUCUGCCGUUCCUGGCCGUCUUCUACCUGAGCCUCCAGGCUUGGCAUCUGGGCCACGUGGGCUGCUGGGCCCUGCGCUUCCUGCUGGACCUCAGCCGCGGCGUGGGGGUGGCCUUCCUGGCCGCUGUGGCCUUGGACCGGUACCUCCGUGUGGUCCACUGUCGGCUUAAGGUCAACCUGCUGUCUCCUCGGGCAGCCCUGGGGGUCUCGGGUCUCAUCUGGCUCCUGAUGGUCGCCCUCACCUGCCCAGGCUUGCUCAUCUCUGAGGCCGCCCAGAACUCCACCAGGUGCCACAGUUUCUACCCCAGGGCAGACGGCUCCUUCAGCGUCAUCUGGCAGGAAGCACUCUCCUGCCUUCAGUUUGUCCUCCCCUUUGGCCUCAUCGUGUUCUGCAAUGCAGGCAUCAUCAGAGCUCUCCAGAAAAGACUCCGGGAGCCUGAGAAACAGCCCAAGCUUCGGCAGGCCCAGGCACUGCUCACUGUGGUGGUGGUGCUGUUUACUCUAUGCUUUCUGCCCUGCUUCCUGACCAGAGUCCUGAUGCACAUCUUCCAAAAUCUGGGGAGCUGCGGGGCCCUGUGUGCAGUGGCUCAUACCUCGGAAGUCAUGGGCAGCCUCACCUACCUGCACAGUGUGCUCAACCCCGUGGUGUACUGCUUCUCCAGCCCCACCUUCAGGAGCUCCUAUCGGAGGGUCUUCCACACCCUCCGAGGCAAAGGGCAGGCAGCAGAGCCCCCAGGUUUCCACCCCAGAGACUCCUAUUCCUGA